AUGGAGUUACAGCCGCAAGCAGAACUUCCCAUGCUGCCCCCCCACCUUGUGGAGUCUGUGAACUGCUCCGAGCCGACCGCCCAGGCUCUGCUGACCGCUCUGAAGGACACUGUGCUCUAUAGAACUGAAGUUCGGCCCGUGAUCAGCCUGCAGACCCCCACAGUGAUCAGCCUCAACUACUACAUCUACGGCAUUUUAGGAGUCUCCUGGAAUGUGGAGGGUCUGAGUUGGGACCCCUCUGAGUGUGGAACCGAGCGGAUCUCACUGCCCAGAACCUCAGUGUGGAUCCCCGACAUCGUCAUCAAUGAGUUUAUGGAUGAAAACAAAGUCCCAGCCACGUUCUACUUGUACGUGAACCACAUGGGCCAGGUGACGGACUCUCUGCCCUUCCAUGUGAUCAGCUCAUGUAAUCUGGAUAUCUACACGUUUCCCUUCGACACCCAGAACUGCUCCUACACCUUCAACUCCUACCUGCACACCAUGUCUGAUGUCCAGUUAUCUCUGGAUGAUGCAGCGCUGAAUGUUUUUGAGAAUUCUCUGAAAACCAUAGGAACAAACGGAGAGUGGGAGCUGAUUGGAAUCAUUCCUGAAAAGCCAGAAGUGGACAGAAACGUCAGCCUCCAGGAUCAGUUUGACAGUGUCGUCUUCCAUUCCAGAAUGAAUCUGGGUGACUGGACAAUGUCUGCUGGUCAGAUAGUUCUGAGGCGGAAAGCAGCCGUGUACGUGGUGAACCUGCUGCUGCCCAGCUGCUUCCUCGUCGCUCUGGAUGUCUUCAGCUUCCUGCUGCCCCCUCAACACGUGGACCGCUCGGCCUUCAAGAUGACCCUCAUCCUGGGCUACACCGUCUUCCUGCUGCUGAUGAACGACCUGCUGCCUGUCACAGGAAACAACAUCCCGCUCAUCAAUGUGUUUCUCUCUGUGUGUUUGGCGCUGAUGGUGGGGAGUCUAAUAGAGACAAUAUUAGUGACCAAUCUGCUGUCCGGUUCUGCUGCUUACCCGCGGUUACCGCUCUGGCUCAGAGCUCUGCUGCAGCGCGGCGCUCGGCUCGUCUGCCUGAACAAAAACUCUAAAGCUGAAGAAAACAGCCGAGAACUCUCAACACUGUCUGUGAGAACCGGAGACAUAGGAGACACAGCUCCGGAGUCAGGCCACCCGGAACUGCUGCAGGAACUGAGGAACGUAAGCAGAGAUUUGGUCUCCAUACGGCUGAAGGUGGAGGAUCACCUGAAAACAGAUGAGCAAACAGAGGAGUGGAUCCAUUUGGGGCUGGUCAUCGACCGGAUCCUCUUCAACUUUUACAUCAUCUUCAUCACCAUGAGCUUCAUCAUGAUCCUCGUCCUGUGGCUGAGCUGGUACAAUAAACACAACCAGACAUAGAAUUCAGAGUCUUCAUACUGCGGUACUUAUUGUUCCCAUGGUUACACCACUCCCAUUUCCAUGGUUACACCACUCCCAUUUCCAUGAUUACCUUACACCCAUUUCCAUGGUUACAUUACACACUUUUCCAUGGUUACACCACUCCCAUUUCCAUGGUUACA